ACAACUUUGUCGCUUCCUCUAACUCCCGGGCACCGUCCUCUCGGGAGAAGUUACCAUAAAGUUUUUCUUCAUUAUUUAAUUAUCGCGAGAGCCUUCAACCCCGAGGGUGUACGAACAAAGUGUGCACUGACCACUACCUAGUUGCCGAACGAGGGACAAACACACAGUGUGGCUUUACACUCUGACUUCUGUCCGGGAGGCAUACGAGACAGUGAGAGCGACGAUGGAGUACCCCCGGAGGCUUCUCUUAAUCUGGUUACUUGUUCAUGUAUUUGAUAACGUCCAUGGUUUGAACAAGAAUCAAGAUAUUCCUAAAGAGAAAUUGCUUGUACUCACUGUUGCCACUCAAGAAACCGAUGGCUUUCUUCGCUUCAUGCAGUCUGCAAACUACUUCAACUAUACAGUGAAGGUGCUGGGCAUGGGUGAGGACUGGAGAGGCGGAGACGUGGGCAGGUCCAUCGGCGGCGGGCAAAAAGUCAGACUACUGAAGGAGGCCAUGGAGAGCCUCGCCGACCAAGAGGACCUGGUGGUCUUGACCGUGGACAGCUAUGAUGUUAUCUUUGCUGGCAGCCCCGAAGAGCUGCUGAGGAAGUUUCAGCAGGCCAAUCACAAGGUUAUGUUUGCUGCCGAAGGCCUGAUUUGGCCCGAUAAGAAGCUCGUAGAGAAGUACCCUCCUGUUCGCAGUGGGAAGCGCUUCCUCAACUCUGGAGGCAUCGUCGGCUUCGCCCCCUACAUCAGCCGGCUCGUUAAGCAGUGGGACCUGCACGAUAAUGAUGAUGACCAGCUCUUCUACACCAAGCUUUACGUGGACCCUCGUCAGCGGGAGAGUUUAAACAUGACCCUGGAUCACAAGUGCCAGAUUUUCCAGAAUUUAAAUGGAGCAAUUGAUGAGGUUAUGCUCAAAUUCGCAACAGACAGGGUGCGUGUGAGGAACACCAUGUACGACACCCUCCCCGUGGUCGUUCACGGCAACAUCAACACUAAGAUUUACUUGAACCACUUGGCCAACUACGUACCCGAUGCCUGGAAUUACGAACAAGGCUGUGGCAACUGUGACCAGAACAUGAUGGACUUGUCUCAGGCCAACGAAUUCCCAAGCGUCACGGUUGGUAUAUUUAUCGAGCAGCCAACUCCAUUCCUGACUGAAUUCUUCCAGAGACUUCUUGACCUGGAUUAUCCGAAAGAUAAACUGAACAUCUUCAUCCACAACAACGAGGUUUAUCAUGAGAGGCACAUCCAGAAGUUCUGGGAGGACAACAAGAAUACGUUUGCAAGCUUCAAGGUUGUGGGGCCGGAGGAGUACUUGACUGAGGGCGAGGCGAGGAACAUGGGCAUGGAUCUGUGCCGGAAGGACGUGCAGUGUGACUACUACUUCAGUAUCGACGCCGACGUGCAGCUCACCAACAAGCAGACCCUGAAGGUCCUCAUCGAACAGAACAGGAAAAUAAUUGGUCCCCUUGUCACUCGCCAUGGCAAACUGUGGUCCAACUUCUGGGGAGCCCUUAGCUUGGAUGGUUAUUAUGCACGGUCAGAAGACUACAUUGACAUUGUGCAGGGCAAGCGUGCUGGCGUGUGGAACAUUCCAUUCAUGGCACAUAUUUACCUAGUGAAGGGUGAGGUGCUGCGUACAGAAAUGAAGGAGAAGAACUACUUUGUUCUGGAGAAACUGGACCCGGACAUGGCUCUGUGCCGAAAUGCCAGGGAGUUGACGAGACAGAGAGAAAAAGACUCUCCUUCUCCGGAAUCAUUCCAUAUGCUCAGGCCCCCCAAGGGGAUUUUCAUGUAUAUUACAAACCGCCAAGAGUUUGGAAGACUGAUAUCCACAGCUAACUAUAACACUUCGCACAGAAACAGCGACCUGUGGCAAAUCUUCCAGAACCCUGUGGACUGGAAGGCAAAAUACAUUCACCCAGACUAUGUGCGCAUCUUCACAGAGAACAUUCUGGAGCAGCCAUGUCCAGAUGUGUUCUGGUUCCCGGUGUUCUCGGACCUUCUCUGUGACGAGCUGGUGGAGGAAUUGGAAAGCUUCGGCUCAUGGUCCGGGGGCAAGCAUGAGGAUAAGCGUAUCACGGGCGGCUACGAGAGUGUCCCCACAGACGACAUCCACAUGAAGCAGAUCAACUACGACAAGGAGUGGCUUCACUUCAUCCGCGAGUUCAUCGCGCCCGUUACGCUCAAGGUCUUCUCUGGCUACUACACUAAGGCCUACGCCAUCAUGAACUUUGUGGUGAAGUACACCCCUGAAAGGCAAGCCUACCUGAGGCCCCACCAUGACUCCUCCACAUUCACCAUCAACAUCGCUCUCAAUAGCAAAGGAACUGACUUCCUGGGAGGGGGCUGCCGCUUCCACAGGUAUAACUGCUCCAUAGAUUCCCCGAGAAAAGGAUGGAGCUUCAUGCACCCCGGCCGCCUGACCCACCUCCACGAGGGGCUGCCCACCACCAACGGCACGCGCUACAUCGCAGUAUCAUUCAUUGACCCUUGAACCUCGCCUCUUUUUUUUUGACUUAGAUAAAAAAUAGAAUCUUUAUGAAAGUCUCAUGUGAGAGUGUGAAUAUUUUUUUUUUUGUAGCUGUAUUUCAUUUCUUUUCUUUUCUUUUUUCUUUUUUUUUUGUUAGACAGUUUUUUGAACUGCUGCAAUUUACUGUAAGAAUUCACGGGGAAAAAAACACAAUAGUGAAAAGUACUGCGCACACAAGCACACAGUCCGAAACGUCUUUCCAACCAAUCCCAUGUACUGUAGUACUGUCUGUCCGUUUCAACUUGUGUGUUAAGCAACACAAAUGGGAAAGACUAGACUCUUCUGUCAUCGCUGUUAGUCUUCCGGGCAGAAAUUGUCAAUGCUUCAUUCAAUACCAACAACCGAGGGAUGUCACGUCUCCCACUAAUGGCUGUAACAUAUCCAUCUCCAUCUGUCAUGAAUAUCAUAAGGUUGAAAAGUUCAACUGCUGUUGAGUCCACAAAAAGGUUUUGUCAGUUUUAUGUAGUUUUUUUGGGAUUUUUUUUUUUUUUUUUUAAUGUUUGAAGUUGUAACUGAUGUUCCUUGUGCUCCCUAUCUGUUCUUUUUCUCCACAGAAAAGAGCAUCGUUACUUGUGUGUAAAGAGAGAAAUGUUAUAUUUUUGUAAAUUUGCACAGCAGGAGAAAUACACAUGACAGCAGGAUUUAAUAUGAAUUCUGUUUUAAUGAAGUUCAAUUCCAAGUUUUACUUGAAAUGUUUUUCAUCACGAGAAAUACAUCUAAGCCCUUUGAAGGUUUCUGAACUGAAAACAUUGGUGGAGAUGCCUCAUGUUUACUUUCUCUGAAAGUUGUAGUAUGAAUGAACUUUGAGCCUCAGACCCGUGGAAUCUCUUAACUUAUUUUUGAAAUGGACGAAAAUGAUGAAAAAUAAAUAUUUUAAAGAAAUGUGAUAGUUGUACCCUCUGUUAGAUGCACUCUACACACAUGGACUGUUUUCUUUAUGAGGU